UGAUGAGUUAAUUUUAAAUUUGAACGCAUCGCAUCAAUGAUACUACAAUUUUUCUCGUCAUUGUUAUUUAACGUAUCUAAACAGUGUAAACGUGUUUUUCUUUUCUUCUUGUGUUGUCGUCUGAGAUUUAGAUUUUUAAACGUUCCGUCGUAAUCGUUUCGUUUACGGAUUUCUUUACGGUUUUUUUUUUGGAUAUUUGAUAUUUAUUUUGGUUAACCUAACCAUAGUUUUGUGAAAUAUAUAUUAACGGUUUUUUUAUAAGUUUCUAUAAGUCUAACGUUUAUCCCCGUUCGUGUUAAAAAGAGGAAGUGUGUGUUAAACCAUAAAAAGCUGAUCAAGAAAAAGAGUUUUGUGCAAUAAGAAAUUCCUUAAAAAAGAAGAAGAGUAGAAAUUGGCUACGCCAAACAAAGAAAAAAGUGGAUUUAUAACAACAAAAACUAUACAAAAAAUGUACUCCCUAACUUGUUUGGUUGGUUAGUUGACUGGCUGGAAUGGUUGACUACUGACUGACUUGCCAUACCUACCCAUACUCGUGUAUACAUUUCGUAGUAGUAUCAGUAACAAAUUCGUAGUAUUGCUCAUUGGUAUUCAGCCACUUGGAGCUAGUUUGUCAUUAUAUCCCGUCUAAUGCACAGAAAUCACGGCGCGUCUUGAUCAUAUACAUAUAAAGUAAAUGACUGAUUGCUAGUUAAACCAGCAGCAGCAGCAGUAGCAGUAGCCGCAACCAAAUGAGGAAUCUUGUGAUUACCACUUUUGGAGUAUAAAUUUAAUAACUAAUGGACUGUGAUUUGGAUAGCAGUGAAAAAUACCUAUACCUACACACAACCUCAAACAUUCAAACAUACAUUUAUAAAAAUAAUGCUACUAAACAGCUACUGUAUUUAACUCAUUAGCUAGUUCAGUUAAAACCAGCUAAGUGUAUAAAACCUCUUAAAUUGUGGCCAAAAAAAAAAUAUAUAAAUUUAUAAAUUUUUAACAAAUAAAAUGUUUACCCCAAACAAUUCGCUAAAUUCUUAAAAAUAAAAAAGAUAACAACUAAACUUUAGCUAAAGCCCCUUUUUCUUAAAAGUAGGGCUUUUAAAUUUUACAAAAAAAGAAUUCAUUUAAAAAUAAUUUACAAAAAAAAUCUCCUCGUAGUGUUUUGUUAAGUUUGAAACGUGUUUUCGAAAAAAACGCCACUCACAAUUAACUGUGUUCCGUGUAUAGUAUGCGAAUUAGUUCACAGUGGAUUCAACGAAUAAAAUGGCCGUUGGACCGACGGAGGGCAAGCAACAACCUCCAACAGAAACCUUUUCACCCGCACCUGCACAUCAAAUCAUAGCACCCAGCCCGAUAUUGGCUGUACCGACGCUUGCCUUUUCCGCUGCUCAAGUGGAGAUUGUAUGCAAAACAUUGGAGGAUUCUGGUGAUAUUGAACGUUUAGCCAGAUUUCUCUGGAGUUUACCAGUGGCCUUGCCGAAUAUGCAUGAAAUAUUAAAUUGUGAAGCUGUGCUCAGGGCCCGUGCCGUUGUCGCCUAUCAUGUUGGAAACUUCAGGGAACUUUAUGCAAUAAUUGAAAAUCAUAAAUUUACAAAAGCUUCGUAUGGCAAAUUACAGGCUAUGUGGCUGGAGGCCCACUAUAUAGAGGCUGAAAAAUUAAGGGGACGUUCGUUGGGUCCCGUCGAUAAAUAUCGUGUACGUAAAAAAUUUCCCCUGCCGCCCACCAUCUGGGAUGGUGAACAGAAAACGCACUGUUUUAAAGAACGUACAAGAAGUUUAUUGCGUGAAUGGUACCUACAAGAUCCCUAUCCGAAUCCAACGAAAAAACGAGAAUUAGCCAAAGCGACGGGUUUAAAUCCAACACAAGUGGGUAAUUGGUUUAAAAAUCGAAGACAAAGAGAUCGAGCAGCGGCGGCGAAAAAUAGAUUACAACACAAUCAAAACUCUGGCAUGGGACGUAGACGACCCGAUGGUGCUCCCUCUCCUACACCCUCCGACACCUCAGAUUCGGACAUAUCGCUGGGUACCCAUUCGCCUGUACCCAGUAGCUUGCAUUUACAACACAGUCCCGGUUCCACCUCGAAUGGAGCCAACGAUCGUGAUGAGAGUUUAAGCGUGGACGAUGAUAAGCCGCGAGAUCUCUCUUCCUCCUUGUCAUCAACCAGUAUACCUGCAUAUCCAACAUCGGCAUUGCCACCAACCUGCUUGCCCGCCUUUAAAUUAGACGCAGCAGCAACGAGUCUCUUUAGUGCGGGUUAUUUGCAAAGUUUUGCCAAUUUCAAAGAAAUGACCCAACAGUUUCCCAUACAACCCAUGGUUAUAAGACCACAUCCUCAACUGCCGCAAGCUUUGGCCAGCCUUAAUGGCAAUCAUUUACAUCCGAAUUAUGCCUCUACCGCCUAUGCGGUAGAUUGUUCAACACAAGCAGCAACCGCAGCGGGACAACCACCAAAAAUACGCGUCAAUUCACCCGAAAAACUUAAUUCAGCAGCCAAUUCAAUAGCGGCUACACUAACCGCGGUAGCUCAUCCACAUCUGGCCCAUCACCACCAUCAUCAUCAUCACAAUCACCCUGCACCUCCCUCAACCAUACAGGAACACUCCAGCAGUCCCUCGGCCACCUCUACUACAACCAGUUAUCAUCAUAACGCACAAUUGCUACAUCGACCUUUUUCAACAUCGCCUGAUAUUAGUCAUAGUGCCACCGAAAUAACAUGAUAUCGUGCAAGAGUACAGUGAAAUGAUAAUAAAUCCCUAGAGGUUUUAGUGUACAGUUCGUGCAAGAGUGAGAAAGGUCGUUAGACAAGAGAGAAACAAACCCUUAAUCCUGAAAACGUAAUAUUUUCUUUAUUAAGAAUUUAAUUAUUAUAAAACAAAAACAUUGAAAAAAAGAUUUAAAGCAAUCAUUGUUAGAUAAAGAAAAUAUCAAAAAAUUAAAACUUUAAUAAAAAAAAACGAAAACACUCGGCAAAAAAAUUAGUUAAAACAUUUUAAGUUUUAUAAAAAUUUAAGCGCAAACAAACUACAGGUGUAAAUUUUUUCAAAAAAUUCCUAAAAUUUAUUUAUAGAAUAUUUUUCAAUUUCCAAGAUAAUAGUUUUGAAAUUAUAGAGAAAUUAAUUUAAGUUUUUUAUAAAACUCCUGACUUCGUUCAA